AUGAGCUUGUCUGAGAUGAUGGGGAGGCAUGAGGGUACCAAGAAAGGGAGCAGCAGUGCAGGAAGGGCUGCUAUGUGGCUCCUGCUGCCUCCUCUUCUUGUGCUGGUUGUGCUCAAGACUGAUUUCCUGCCGCAGGUCGCUCGCUUUAGGGAGACUAGAUUUAUGAAAGACACGGACGAAAUGGUUCACACGGUUCCAUACACUGGUUUUGACAAUGCAAGAUGGCAGCAAGAUCCACAUGACCCAGAAGCUGUAAAAGACUACAACCAGCAAAAUCAGAUCCUUGCCACCAACGGGCCAAAAGAUAGUUCUUCAAUAAAUUCAGACAUGGAAGCCGCUGUCAGCAAGUUAACCUGCAACUUCAGCAACCCUCACUCGGACAUCUGCACAAUGGAAGGUGACUUGCGCAUCCAUGGCAAAUCGGCGACAGUCUAUGUGGUCGCAGCAUCCACCCACAGGCCGGAGAAUUCUACGUUCAUAGUCCGCCCAUACACGCGAAAGUGGGAGCAAGAGACUAUGUCGAGGAUUCGGGAGGUCACCAUGAGAUCCUUGCCGCUAGCUUUCAGUUUCAUUAUCCCACCGAAGUGCACGGUGAGGCACGACGUGCCGGCGGUAGUCUUCUCUACCGGCGGCUGCGGUGGAAACUUCUUCCAUGCCAUGAGUGACCUCAUCGUGCCACUUUACAUCACAUCCCGUGAGUACAAUGGCCGUGUCCAGUUUCUUAUCACCGACUACCAACCGCAAUGGGUUGCCAAGUUCAGGCCGAUCCUCUCCGCACUGUCCAUGUACCCAGUCAUAGAUUUCGACGCCGACACCGCUGUGCGCUGCUUCCCGUCGGCGCAUGUCGGGUUGGAGAGUCACAACAAGAUGCUUGGGAUCGACCCGAGUCUCUCCCGCCACGGUUACACUAUGAUGGGAUUCCGUGACUUCCUCAGGUAUGUCUUCUCGCUGCAACGGCCAUGGGUUGAACCCAUAAGCAGGAGCGCAGGGCAGCAGAAGCCACGGCUCGUCAUGGUUCUGCGGCGCCACUCAAGGGAGCUGACGAACGAAGCUGAAACCAUCACCGCCAUGGAAGACCUCGGCUUCGAAGUGGUGGCUGCGCGGCCAGAGGACGUCAGCGAUAUGGGCCACUUCGCGGGGGUGGUGAACUCCUGCGACGUGAUGGUUGGCGUGCAUGGUGCUGGUUUGACCAACAUGGUGUUCCUUCCUCACAAUGGCACCGUAGUGCAGAUUGUUCCCUGGGGUGACAUGAAGUGGGCGUGCUGGUAUGACUUUGGUGAGCCUGUGCCGGGCAUGGGACUCAGAUACGUCGAGUAUGAGGUAACAGCAGAGGAAACAUCACUGAAGGAGAAGUACCCAAGGGAUCACCCUGUGUUUACCGACCCUCAGUCCAUACAUCGUCAGGGUAAAGCUUGGGCAACCUUCCUCAAUGGCCAGAAUGUUACUCUAGACAUCGACCGGUUCAGAGCGGUGAUGCAUCAGGUGUUCCAAUCCAUCACGACAGAGUAG